GCCGCCAGCCCUGCCUUGUAGCCAGGGUGCCAGCCCGAGGAGUAGUUUCGUUUCCUUCUGGCUCCGGGAUUAGUUUCCAGGCACCUGGUCCGGCGUCGGUGGCCGGGAAAAGGGGUACAAGGGGAGGCGGGAGACUUGUCUAGGGGCUGCGGAGCCCCGCACGGCGGGGUUGAUGGACCUGGCCGCUCCGGGCAGCGGCUCCAACUUCCUGUCGCUGCUCCUGGCCCUCGCCCUGGGUCUACUGAUCGUCCACUGUGUUGUGGCAGAUGGAAAUUCCACCAGAAGUCCUGAAGGUGACGGCCUGCUGUGUGGAAGCUCUGGAGAAAACUGUGCAGCUACUACCACACAAUCAAAACGAAGAGGCCACUUCUCUCGGUGCCCCAAACAAUACAAACAUUACUGCAUCAAAGGGAGAUGUCGCUUCCUGGUGGCAGAGCAGACACCUUCCUGUGUCUGCGAGGAAGGGUACGCUGGGGCCAGAUGCGAGAGAGUUGACUUGUUUUACCUACGAGAAGACAGAGGGCAUGUUUUGGUGAUUUGUUUGAUAGUUGCUAUGGUAAUUUUUAUCAUUUUGGUGGUUGGUGUCUGCAUAUGCUGUCAUCCUCUUAGGAAACGUCGUAAAAGGCGGAAGAAAGAAGAAGAAAUGGAAACUCUGGAUAAAGAUAUCACUCCUAUAAAUGAAGAUAUUCAAGAGACUAAUAUUGCUUAAUGGCUAUGAAGGUACCUCCAGGCUGGCUUGCUCAUUUGAAAAUGGACAGACAAUGUCUCAGGAAAGCUGCCAGCUGAAGUGAACUCAAAUAAUGUAUUUACUUUUUGCUUGUAAAGUUUGUGUUGUUUACUAUUGUUUUAUAAUAUAAAAAUAACUUUAUUAUUUUUAAGUAAUUGGGAAAAAUCCCCCAAUUAAGAAGGGGAAUUUUAAUAAAUUCCCAAUUUAAGUUUUGUGACCAGGAUUACUAGUCGAACAAAAAGAAAAAGGAGUUUAGAUCUUAGGAGUUAAAUUAAUCAUAAACAUUUAUUGAACACAUAACAUGUGCUAAGAGUUUGAAAUAUAUUAUUUCAUUUAAUCCUUGCAAGAACCUGUGAAAUACGUAUUAUGGUCCUCACUUCCCAUAUAUGAAAACAGGCCUAAGGAAUUUAAAUAAUCUACCCCAGAUUUAUAAUUAGAAACAGGAAGAGUUGGAACCAAGAUUUACCCAAGUUCGAGUCAUUUGGCUGUUUUAUCUUUGUUAAUUUUAUAACCCCAAAUUUUGUACUGAACUAUGUUUUACCAUGACCCAAAUUUUGGGGUCAUUUUCCACAGACACUCCAAAUGCAGCCUUGGCCUGAUUUCCUUUACCUUCAUGCUUUCUGUAGUGUUGGCUUUUUAUCACGCUGUGGGUUUUUUUUUGCUCCUAUAUAAAUUCUCAAUAACACGAAUAAAUUCUUACAUUUUCAAAGCAACAGAUUUAUCCCUCAGCUAGGCUAAUAGAUAGAAAUGGAAAGUAAAUGCCUGGCAAUCUUCAAGCCCAGGGAAGUAUUAAUGCUCAUGAACACAUAAAUAAUACCACCAGUAGAAGCUAUUUAUUCCAAGGUAAUGACUAGUGACAGGAUACUAGAGUCCAGGCAGAUCUUGGUUAGUUGUGGUCAUAUUUCUUCAUUUUGUUCUAAGAAAACUACCUGCAAUUUUUUUCAGGUAAAUUUAGUGCAAUGAAAUCAUGACUACAAUCAUUUAUUGCUUGGGAUUAUCUUGCCAAAUGCCCCUUCAUCUCCAUAUGUAUUUAAUAAGAACUUUAAAAUCUGAAAAAGCAAAAUCUAAAUAUGGCUAAUAUUCCACAGACUAUGGAACUUUUUUUGUUGACCUGGUAGAUCAUUUACGAAUACCCAUGGAAGUUGUCUCCAUGCUGUUGUAUGUUGGUUUUUUUGCUGAUCAAACGGUUUAUGUUACGGGAUCUUUGUAAAUUUUAUGUACAGUGUAGACUACAUUCACAAUAUGUAGCAGGGAAUUUAGACAACAGGUAGAGUUGUAUUUCACCGUCUAUCACACAGAAUGCUGAGAACAAGACAGAGGCUGUGUUUACAUAUAACACAGAACGAGCUCCCCUGUCAAUAAGUGUGAGUCAACAACGGAUCAUUUUCUAAAUCUAUAUUGUCUCCUGUUAAUGACCGUCCUUAAAACAGGAUUAUUCCAACAAAUUCAUGUUGUAGAUGCUCUAGUUUUAAGUUUCUGGGUUCACAUAUGCACUUUCUCUUUCUGUCUUCUUUGUUACUAAGAGGGCUUUACAAAUGCUUGUCAGAGCAUUUAACAAACAACUCGAUACUGUAAGUAUUCCUGAACCAAGUUUGGCCAACCAAUGGAUUUUCUCAAGUCAUUUCAUGCUUGAAGAUUUUGUUCUAAUACUAAAAUGCUAAUAAUAUCUCUUAAAAUUUAGUAGUCCUGGUGUCAAGAAAAAACUGAGGUUUCUAAAACUUUUCAAACUGUAUUUUAUCAUUGUUUUGCACAUACUAAAUAACCCCAU